UUCAACGAAAUUACAUCAUGUUCCGCUUGGGCUUAAUUCUAAUAUUAAUUUUUUGCCUGGCUGUUAUUAUCCUGGCUUACGAAAUGGACUCGGACUCUUUGCAGGAUCAAUACGAAAAGGAGCAGUUUAAUUUACGCAAAAAAAUUUGCCUCCAAGGCCCGGAAUAUGGAAAGUGCAAAGGUCGCCGCACCCUGUGGUACUACAAUACCAACAGGUCCAAGUGCCAGACCUUUACCUACUCCAAUUGCGGUGGCAAUGGCAACCUUUUUUACACCUACGAAAGUUGCAAGGAAUUCUGCGGUAAAUACAACUGGCAUAAAGGUCCUCCUGUCAAGGAACGUCGUCGUAUGGCUGCUGCCAGAAAUAAGCAGCUUGAUAAAAUUCCACAAUAAAUUUAACUUGAGUUACUUAACUUAUGUUUACUUAGAAAUAUUAAAUACAAAUAUAAAAUAAA